AGCAGGCACUACGGGCUGACGUUGGCCCCCUGUAGAGAGACCCCGUGGCACCGCGUAGUUGCAUCGCAGAUUCAGUUUGAACCUGAAGCGGAGUGACCUUCUUGGGGAGGUAGUGAGAGCGAUACAGACAGACUGGCAAACACUCCCGCAGUUACGCAGAACAACCCACGGACAUGAACAGCAGCCUGGCCGGAGAUGAAAUUGGGAAGCUCUUUGUGGGCGGCCUGGACUGGAGUACCACGCAGGAGACGCUGCGGAACUAUUUCUCUCAGUAUGGUGAAGUAGUGGAUUGUGUUAUUAUGAAAGAUAAGACCACAAACCAGUCCAGAGGCUUUGGGUUUGUGAAGUUUAAUGACCCCAACUGCGUUCGGACAGUGCUGGAGACUAAACCCCAUUCCCUGGAUGGGAGAAAUAUUGACCCAAAGCCAUGUACACCCAGGGGAACGCAGCCUGAAAAGACGCGGACUAAGGAAGGCUGGAAGGGCAAUAAGAAUGACAGCAAUAAAUCAAAGAAAAUUUUUGUUGGUGGUAUCCCUCACAACUGUGGUGAACCCGAACUCAGGGAUUAUUUCAGUAGGUUCGGAGUGGUCACUGAAGUGGUAAUGAUCUAUGAUGCGGAGAAGCAGAGGCCCCGAGGUUUUGGAUUUAUUACUUUCGAGGCCGAACAAUCAGUGGACCAGGCUGUCAACAUGCAUUUUCACGACAUCAUGGGCAAAAAAGUGGAGGUUAAGAGAGCGGAGCCUCGUGACAGCAAAACCCCAGGGCCAGGAGAGCCGGGCGCUAACCAAUGGGGACCCAGGGCAAUGUUAAGUGCAGCCAAUGGCUGGGCAGCUCAGCCUGCACAGGGCUGGCAACAAGGCUAUGCCCCUCAAGUUUUAGGAAUGUGGAUGUCGGCAGGCCAGCCAAUAGGUGGGUACGGGCCUCCUCCUCCAGCUGGCCGAGGAGUCCCACCACCACCCCCCUCUCCCUUUAACGCUUUCUUAGUCACCACCACCCCCCCUGGAGGGUACGGGGCGCCACAAGGAUACCCUCAGCCAGGCUACGGCACCCCACCCCAGUAUGGUUAUGGAUUUGGUGCCCCCCAAAAUCCUGCUGACCAGUUUGCCCCACAAGGAGUGCCUCAACCCCCGACCACGCCUGGUGCAGCACCCAUGGGCUUUGCCCCUGCAACCACCCCCACUCAGGACAUGAACAAACCCCAGGCAGGACAGCCCGAGUUCUCCUACAACCAGUUUGGCUUGGGUAACUAUCCUCAGGACCCGUCCGGCUACGGACCAACGCGUCCUUCUCAGAGUUAUGGUCAGGCUGAGCAGGGAUAUAGUGCAGUGUUGAAACAAGAAGUUUCUACACACAGUGGAAAGACAGUCUGUGAACCAACUCAAUUCUGCUCCUAUCUCUGCAUUGUGCCUACAAAAUCAUUGUUACGGGCAGGACAUGAGCGUAUUUGGGCAGAGCUUCACAGACCCCAGCCAGCAAGCACCUUCCUACGGAGCGCCUUCAGCACCAGCAUCAGGGGGCCCCCAGCUGGGGGGCAGCAGCUUUGGGCGAGGGCAGAACCACAAUGUACAGGGCUUCCAUCCUUACCGGCGCUAGAGGCACGCACACCACAGAGAUUCGAACAAUAAUACGACGUCAGGGAAAUAAUUCUGUCACAACUGGAUUUCUGCUGGUAUAUUUGUACGACCAGGGAUUCUGAAUUUGAGGACUUGGUUUUUUGUGACAAUCACAUAACAUACUUAAAUUUGGGAAAUAAGCAAAAUCUUUUAAGUUUUUAUUUUAUUUUAUUUUUUAUUUAAUAAUAUAAAGGAGAUGCUCUAUUUUGGGGGAGUGCAAUUUUUGGAAUCGAUCAGACUGGUCCUUCACCCACAUCAGCACAAAUUCAAACAAACAAAACAUUCUACUGGCCGUAAACAUUAACAGGGUUUCCAGUUUCUCUCUUCAGCUUUAACUCAACUUCAGGGUUUUUCAUUUUGUGAUUUAUUAUUAUUAUUGUUAUUAUUAUUAUUAUUAUUAUUUAGUAGUAGUAGUAUUGUUAUUUUAAUAUUAUUGUUUUUUCUGAGCCUUUUACCAUAUAUUGUAAAACUUUGUUUAAAGAUUUAAAAAGUAUAUAUACAUUUAAAAAGACUCUGCAGUUUUUUAAAAGAGAAUUUUGUACUAGAUGUACGCUUGGCUUGUUUUUUAAUUUAAAGAUGUAGAUUUCCCUCAGGUGGCGCUGUUUUUUUUGUUUUUUUUUAGUGCAUUUCAUGUUAAAUGCAAAUGAUAGAAAACCCCGUUUCAAUAAAAGAUAACCUACAUUUUGUUUAAAAAAAAAAAA